AUGUAUGGACUCAUGUAUGUGGAGCCCGCCGAAAGUGAUCUCACUCCCGUAGAUCGGGAGUACUAUGUGAUGCAGAGCGAAUUCUAUCAUGAACCUCCGGAAAUUGAGGAUGAUGGGAACCCCUCAUCCACGGUAGAGUUCUCGUAUCCAAAUGCUCUGCGAGAGGAACCAACUGUCGUUGUCUUCAACGAACGCGAGGCCGCGCUGACGAGAGACCAGCCGCUUAAAGCUUCCGUGGGUGAGAGCGUUCGAAUAUUUUUUCGGAAACGCGAGGCCAAACCUUACAAUCCUCCUGGACAGUUUGUGCAGACUGUUAGUGUCCCCCCAGGCGGUUUCCCAGUGGUCGAUAUGACAAUGCUGUUUCCGGGGACAUACACGCUCGUGGACCAUGCCAUAUCUCGCCUCGAAAAGGAUGCUGUGGGUGAGGAGCCGCCUGCUUGCAUCGGCUGUAAAUUACAUCCUUGA